UUUAAGUUUUUUUCGAUAACGUUAUAUUCUUGUAAAUAUCAAAUGAAAAAAUGUUUAUCUAAUCAGAUAAAUGGGGUAAUUCAAAUAGUAAGGGCGGCAGUUACAAGAAAGUUUACCAUGAAUUUAUAGUUCUUACAUAUUUGUGGGCCUAUGACAAUCGAGGAUUUAUCACAUUUCUUGAUACUCCAUAUCAUGUAUAGCAGAUUUGACGGUGAUAACAUACAUAUAUUUUCGUAGAGCAUAUUUUGUCGAUCUACGUGACUUAGUACAGUCGUCUAUUUUUUUUAAUAUAUCACUCUGCCCUCUGCACAUGAGCGGAGUUACUAUGAUUGAAAGUAAGGAUAGCGGUUUUCUUGUGGCGGUUAUAGAUUUCGUCAUGAACCAAAAUUUAAAUGUGUAAAUAGCUAUCAAAUCGUAUUGGCAACAAUUCAGUUCACACAAUUAAAAUAUUAAUGUGACAAUAUUCAAAAUCAAAUUUAACUUAUACGUUUCCUUUGAUAAACUUAUUAAUAUUCUUAUUAAUAUAAUAUACUACCAAUCAAGCAAACUCAGUACCAAAAGGAUUUUUUGAACAUUAUGAAUUAAAUACUUAACGAGGUCAUCCCAGUAAAGUGUUGUACUAUGCAAAACACUUAGUUAAUUAUAAUAAUCUAAAUAUUAAAAAAAUGUUGAUUUUAAAACGAAACAACCAUAAACGUUUAUGUUUGGGUGCCUUUUCAUUUUUUGUGCAAACAAUAAUCCAUUGUAUUUGCUUUUUUAACCAAUUUACAAAGCCGCGACAAUUUAAAGGGGCUAUACACCGUAUGAUGAAAUAGCGAAAACAAAAAGAAAAUCGUCGAAAACUGACAAAAACUUGGUAUCGAUGUGUACAAUGCAUUGAAACUAACUAAGUGAAGUACCACAUAGUUCACAAUUAUUUUUUUCGCAGUUUUUUCGUAUUUUUCCAUUAAAAAAAGAUUACUAGGUAUGUAUACCAAGUAUAAUUCAUUCUUAUGCGUGAUUGGCUAGUCGAUGUUAUCACGUCAUAUUACCAAGUUAGGUAUAUACCUAGUUAGGUAUAUAGCUUAAAUAUUCCAAAGCUUUAGGAUAAACCUUCGUAGCACACUGGAUACAACACUGGACUCCAAUUUUGGCGACACCGGUUCGACAUGUUUUACAUUUUGGUAAAAUUUUUUUACAAUUAUGAUACCAAGAGUAAAACAUUUAUUAAAUAAUUGUCCUGAGAUUCGUUACAGAAAAAAACUUGUUUUGUUGCCAAAGUCCCUUUAACAUCGCCCGACACGAAUUAAAGUUGUACGUUCAGCGAUAAUUUUGGUUAUAAAACACAAAAAUAACACAACUGUCGUGAAAAGGCAUCCUUAUUUUAGCGUUGUGCGAAAUUUCGUCUCUAGAUUCCACUCCGAUGGCCUGAUAUUAACACGAUUUUCAGACCAUAUUUAUUUUUUGGUGGUUACCAAAAAAUCCGCUAUGGCCUACUCGGAGUUAUUCCGAGCAGUUCCGAAAGCCUACGAAAGUAAACGGAGCACAAGCACGUGACAGUUAUGAAUAAUCAAUGAGGUCAGCAAAUCAAAACAAAGAUGGACAGAUGAAAAUGAAAAGAUAAUAGAGGCAGACAGAGAUUGCCAAAAUCGAUCAGAAAGCGACGGUAAAAGAAAAAUGUAGGAAAGAUAUUGACGUCGAUGGUUUAUUUAGGCAUUCAUUGAAAGAAAAGGAUAGCAUUCAAAGCUUCAAAUGGAGUGGGAAAAUGGAGGGCGUGGAAACGAAACAUCACGAUAGGUUUGUGUUUUAUCUUUAACAUUUUACCUGUUUUGAAAAACAUUGAUAGUUUAUUUAUUAACAGUCAGUAGGGCUAUCUUUCGACACACUUUCGGGCGGGUGCACAUACUCCAUUUCCUUGGAGAACGGAUGUACUUAUUCGCCAAAAUGUUAGUGAAAGUUCCUAUUCAAAAUCCAAAAUAAUUUCGAAAACAGACAGAGGCAGCAUGAUCGACUUUUUUCAUUGCUAUUAUGCACCAGUCAGUUGUAACCACGCCCCCCCCAGGUCCGGGGGUAUACUGGGGAAAUGGGGCGUGGUUUUACCUUCCAGCAGCCAAUUGUAUAAACGUGGAUAAGUCCUAACCAGCGGUUAUCUUUUGGUUAUCUCCCUGGUUUGGUCAAGUUAUCUGAAAACUGAUUGUAUAAAAAUUAAGUUAUCCUAACCAGCGCGUGAUUCGGCUAACUUUUGGACAAAAUUUAACCGGACUCGAAGAGUUUGGUUAGCUGAUUUAACCAAAACAAAGAUGGCCGACCUUGACAUAGUGAACGCUAGGCGACCUCAACAAUUUCGCAGGAUAGAUAGACAAACGGACGAAGACAACGACGAGGAAGUACGUAAACGGUAUAGAUUCACUCCGCACAACAUAGACAGAUUGGAACGACUGAUAGGCCACAGACUUGAGCGACCGACUCGCAGAAAUCAACCCUUGACACCACGGCAACAGAUUAUGAUUGCUUUACGUUUUUACGCCACUGGGAAUUUUUUACAAGUAAUAGGGGAUACAUUUGGGGUAGAUGUUGCCACGGUUUCAAGGGUUGUAACUGCAGUGACCGACUGUAUUUUUGACAUGAAGGACAGCGCGAUUCAAUUUCCGACGACAGACAGACAUAGACACAGGACUAAGACUGGAUUUCAUGCCAUAAGGGGAUUCCCGUCUGUGAUAUCAGCGGUAGACGGAACGCACGUAAGAAUACAAACGCCCAGUGAUGACGAGGAGCAGUGUGUCAAUAGAAAACAUUUUCACAGCAUUAACGUGCAAGCCAGCUGCGACCAUAGAGGUGUAUUUACAAGCAUAAAUGCCAUCUGGCCGGGCAGUACGCACGAUGCCCAUGUAUUUAGGACCUCGGAAUUGUUCCACUUCAUGGAAACACAUCAUCAUGGCCUUGAAGAUGGCAUACUGCUAGGGGACAGUGCCUACCCUUGCAAGCCUUACAUGCUCACCCCAUACCUGCACCCAGCAAAUGAAGCACAGCAACAUUUCAAUGAUGCGCAUUGCUCCACAAGAAAUGUUAUAGAAAGAGCCUUUGGUGUAUUGAAGAGGCGAUUUCAUAUACUACAUACAGAGAUCCGGAUGAAGCCACUGAAAGUAAGUAAGAUUGUGGUAUGUUGUGUUGUAUUACACAACCUUGCAAAGCUGUGGGGAGAACCCGAAGAAUUUCCGCCCGAGGAUGACCAGCAGCCCCCUACUGUUCUGAACCAUGACGAUGACAUGUCCGGAAAGGCAGUUCGGGAGUACAUUACAAUGCAAUACUUCAGUUGACAAGGAACAUUUGACAAGGAUGGAGACCACUUUCAUGAUCAUCAAUUUCCACCAGGUGGUUUAAACUGAUAUAAACAAGUGUCUUUUAUCAAUGGCCCUGUGUAUGUGUACAUUUUAACAACAGUGGUGACCACAUUUGAUGAAAUUUAAUGCUUGUGUCUGAAUUGAGUUUCUCUAGUUCAUGGCAUUUCAUAACACUUUUAUUAAACGAUACUGUGAUGCUUAUAAACAUUAUUGAAUGGUUGAAAUUGUAAUUACAAUGUAUGUGAUUUAUUUUUGAAUUUAGAGUUAUAUGGCAUGGUAGAAUUGACUGCAUCAUACAAGUUGAUUUAUUUCCAUAAAAAAAGACAAAAAUGUACAUUUUUAGUGAAUAAGAAACUUAUUAUUACAUUGAUCAUUUCUGAAUGUGAUUAUCACAAAAACCAAAAUUUUAUUCCAAAAGGAUCAUGUCUGACAAGAUAUCUAGCAUUUACUGUUACUUUUUAAAUAUAAUGUGAUAGUUAAAAACAUUGUUACUGUUUGUUUUCAUUGUUAAUGUGAGUCUGUGAUAGUUAAAAACAUUGUUAUUGUCUGUUUUCAUUGUUACUGUGAGUCUGUGAUAGUUAAAAACAGUGUUACUGUCUUUUUGCAUUGUUAAUGUGAGUCUGUGAUAGUUAAAAACAUUUGUUAUGGUCCAUUUUUAAUUGUAACUGUGAGUCUGUGAUAGUUAAGAACAUUUUUAUGGUCCAUUUUCAUUACUACUGUGAGUCUGUGAUAGUUAAUACAUUGUUACUGUCUGUUGUCAUUGUUAACUAUGUAUCAACAUGUUUCUAUUUUGUGAGUUGUACUGACAAAGAAAACCAUGAA